AGUGACUACCGCAAGUGUUGAGAUUACUCGAGGUGUAUCUAGCUCGUGUCUUCUCUCACUAUCCUCUAGGUUCCUCGGUGCCUCUUCCUAGGCUCUUUUCUUUGUCCAAAUAUCUGUCUACCACCGGAAUACCCGUUGACCAUCCACCACAAUGGACCAGGUACCUGAUUCUUGUGUACAAUCUAUUGCAUGUUCGUGCAGUGCAUCUUCUGGUGCUCAUUGCUGCAAGGAGAACCAAGAUGAGUAUCAGAGCACUGGUCCGACACAACCACUCAUCUGUCCGUCUCCUAAAGGACUAAACAAACCUGCUGUAUUUUCGCAAGCUGAGCCAAAUCACAGACGCCAUCACCUAGGACUUUCAGGAUUGAUGGAGCAGGAAGUGGCGGCAUGGUACAUCGAAAUCUUUUCCUUGCUUUGCAGUGUUAUCAGCGCAAUCUUCAUCGUUGUCUUACUUGGCAUCUAUGAUGACACUCCGCUUGAAAGUUGGGAAUUCUUCUUCUCUAUCAACACAGUCGUAUCAACUCUUGGAGUGGUACUCAGAUCAACACUCCUCAUGGCAGUUUCUGCGGCUCUUGCCCAGGGAAAAUGGACGUGGUUUCGACGAAAGGGUGGCCCACUAGGACUCUUCGAAAGGAUCGAUGCUGGAAGCCGUGGAUCUCUUGCUAGUUUCGAGCUUAUAUUGCACAUGCGUGGCAAACACCUUGUAUCCUUGGGAGCAUUGGUCAUGGUACUGGGUUCUUUGAUUGGUCCGUUUCUACAGGCCAUCAUCUCUGAUGUCGGGCGCCUUAUCGACGUUGAUGCGUACGUUGGCAAUGACAUGAAUGCUGCUAUUGGCAAUUCAAAUUUCUUCGACGGUGGUACUUUGACUGUUAGCACGUACGCAGCCAGGUAUGCGAAGGUCGCAACCUUGCCUGACUUUGCAAUAGCCGCUGCAUUGUAUGAUGGAUUGAACGAGGCAAUAACGGGCAGGUAUCAAAACGUGUCUGUCACGUGCAUGUCUGGUAACUGCACGUGGGGCGAACAUACAUCCCUGGCGAUACGAAGCACUUGCUUUGAUAUCUCCAGCCACCUGGAAGGUACGCACAUGGAACAGCCAAAUGGUACAACCACAUCGUCUUGGACAACAGACAACUCGGCCACGUGGAUGGAUUGGACGCUAGAGCAUCUCAAUUUGACCCUUUCGAACACGGCUGCUAAAUGGCGAGCAGCCAACUAUGUUUCUGUUCUGCAAGCAGCAGUGGUGGCUGAUCCAAAUCUGACUCUCAACUUCAACGACUCGCAAACAUUACUCGCUGCAUUCACCACCAUCCGAGCUGAUGAUAGUUCUGUUCUAGGCAGCGCCGAUUGGGAUGCUGCACCAGCUUCAGCCAUGGAAUGUGGUUUGGAGCUGUCCUUGAACGUCUACAAUUCUUCCAUGGUCAACAAGGUUCUCAUUGAGCACAUCGUGGCAAGCGCUUCCCAGCGACUGCCUAAAUCGUGGCUUCCUUUACCAGAUUUCAACCAGGAUUCUCUGCACCCUAAUGGGCUUGGAGUCGAUCAAGGAACCUCGGAAUGGAAUCCGGUAUUCCAUCCCACCUUCUUAUACCGUGACGACUUUGCGCUAGACUCUGCUGCGCUACAACAGAAUAUCACAGCCCCGUUCAAGAUCACUCAAAAGAGCAUACAGAGCACAGUGGACUUUUUGACGUCAUUGAUACAGCAAGACAGCAACAACGGAACUGUAAAAGCGGUGACACAAGGCGACCAGCCCGCACUCUACAUCUAUGGCAGCCCUUUCACUCUAUUACUGUUCAACCUGACCGACACCAACGCAACAUUCAAUGCCAUCGCAAGGAGUUUGACUACCGCGAUUCGUGACUUAGGAACGAGUCCGAUGCUUGGUACUACUCAGCAGUGGAUCAGAUAUUACAAAGUUCGGUGGGCCUUUCUGGUUCUGCCAUUAUCACUGAUUUUAGGUGAGUCGUCGACCACCAAAGUGAUACUAAAUCUUGUAUUAACACAACCCUAGCCGGAACGACUUUCUCCAUACUCUCAAUAGUGGACACAUACCGAGCGCAAGUCCCCAGCUGGAAGGCCAACAGCAUAGCCACAAUGGUACAUGGACCUGACGAGAAGCUCCAACGAGUACUACGCGCCAAGAACCAUGUCCAUUGUCUAGGUAUGACUGGCGAGACAGAAGUCAAGCUCGAAUGUUUCCCUGAAGGAUAUGCACUCACCGCCGGACAACAAUCAGCCGCCAAGAUUUCACGG